GCCACACCGGGUUCCUCAUCCCCUCUCUCUCUCUCUGUCGCUGUUUCGCUGCUCUGCCCGAAGAAGAAGAAGGUGGGCCUCUCUGGAGCGAAGUCGAUCGGUCGCAGGGCCCGAGAAUUCUGUGUACCUUCCUUCCUUCCUUCCUUCUCUCACAGCAAACGAUCCAAUCCAUUCAGGUACACAAUCCCGCCAACACCCCAACCUCCGCGUCCUGCUCCUGCUCCUCCUCCUGCUCCCACUUCCACUUCCGAUUCCUGCUUCUGCAGCGUCGACAUUUCAUCGAAGCUCAGCUCACGUACGAAGGCGCUCGCUCGCUCGUCUGCUCACGCCCACGCUCUCACUCUCUCACGCCGACGGUAUAUCAGACCUCGGCCAUCUGCAAAGGAGCUCAGUGAGUGCAGAUGCAGAUCGCCCUGGGAGCAGUAGGAGGAGGAAGCAGGACGAUCGCAGCUCCAUCGUCGCUCGCAGGUUUGCGGAAUUACAGCUUGCAGAAUCGGAAGCAGCAGCAGCAGCAGCAGCGGCUGCUGCAGAGGAAGGAGGAGCGGAACGAGAGGCAGCAGGGGAUAGGGCGGAGCUCGUGGAGGAAGAGGAGGAGAGGGUUUUUGACGAUGACGGAGAGCAUGAGCGAGGGCGUGAGGCAGAUGACGGUGUCGCCGAGCGGCAAGCAGUGGGUGGAGAAGGGCGGGCUGCAGGCCAUUCCGCGGCUGGACGAUUACCUGGGCCCGCUGCCGAGGAUCUCCAACCCCAUGAUCAACAACAAAUUCUUCAAGCCCGCCGAAGGAUUCUUCGUCACGGAUUACGACGUCUGCUCGCAGUUCGUCGCCUUCGACACUCGCCAUCUCGGCACGCCUGUCUACUUCCUGCGCGCCGGCCCCAGGGAGAGCGUGGUAUUCAAGCCCCACGAGGUCAAGGCCGCCAUCGUCACCUGCGGGGGUUUGUGCCCGGGCAUCAACACUGUCAUCCGCGAGCUCGUCAUGGGGCUUUCGGAUUUGUACGACGUGCAGAGCAUCGAUGGCAUCAAGGCCGGGUACCGAGGGUUUUACUCCGGGGACAAGAUGAAGCUGAAUCGCCAUGUGGUGGACGACUGGCACAGGAAGGGAGGCAGCGUUCUGGGCACUUCCAGGGGAGGGUUCGAUUUGGAGAAGAUCGUCGACGGCAUUGAAGAGGCUGGCUACAAUCAGCUGUAUGUGAUCGGCGGCGACGGCACCAUGCGCGGAGCUAGUAUGAUUUCCGAGGAGAUCACGAAACGAAACCUCAAGAUUACCAUGACUGCCAUCCCUAAGACUGUGGACAACGACAUCGGCAUUAUCGACAAAUCAUUCGGACUGGACACGGCGGUGGAGAAGGCGCAAGCGGCGAUCAGUGCAGGGCAUGUGGAGGCGCAGAGCACACCGAACGGGGUCGGGGUGGUGAAGCUGAUGGGGCGCAACGCGGGGCACAUCGCGCUGCGCGCGACGCUGAGCAGCAGGGAUGUGGACUGCUGCCUGAUUCCGGAGGUGCCAUUCUUCACGGAAGGGCCCGGAGGAUUGUUCGAGUUUCUGGACGGGAGGAUCAGCGAGAACGGGCACUGCGUGGUGGUGGUGGCGGAGGGCGCAGGGCAGGAUCUGAUCCCUCGCACGGCCGAGCAAGGCUUCGAUGACUCGGGCAACCUGCAGCUGCUCGACAUCGGCCAGUGGCUCGUGGCCGAGCUGAAGAAGUGGUGGAAGAAGCACAACCCUGACAAGCUCUUCGCCGUCAAGUACAUCGACCCCACUUACAUGGUGCGCGCUGUGCCCAGCAACGCUGCCGACACUUUCUUCUGCACCUUGCUGGCCCAGUCGGCCGUGCACGGCGCCAUGGCUGGCUACACCUCGUUCGUCGCCGGCACCGUCAAUGGCGUCUACUGCUACAUCCCCUUGGAUCAGAUCUCGCAGUCCACUCACAAGGUCGACAUCCACAAUCACAUCUGGGCCUGGGUGCGCUCCAUCAAUAGCCAGCCUGACUUCAAGGCCUGCGAGAACCGGAACAGCAAUGGCAGUGCCUCAGACAUGGAUCUCAAUUUCACCCCAAAGGAGAAAGCUGCAGCAGCUGAGAAAUCUGACUAACUUUUCUUCUCCUUUUUCUUCCUCUUUUUGUACAGCAUUUGGCGCAAAUUCUCUCUCUCUCUCUCUCUCUCUCUCUCUCUCUCUCUCUCUCUCUCUCUCUCAUUGGGGAAGAUGAGAAGGUGGAAUUGAAUUGGGCAGAUCAACGCUGAUGGAGGAGGGAAUGAGUUUCUGACAGUCUGAAAGGUGACUGUAAGGAUAGAAUAUAUUUCUUCGUACAGGGGGGGAGGACCGAGGUCCCAUGCGCUGCGCUCUGAUGGAUCUCGUCUAGCAUUCCACUAUCACUUCGCAACUAGAGGCGGAAUCUCCGGUCCGAGCGGCUGAUCUGAACACAUGGAGAUUGUAGGAAAAUCGUCGACACAUUUUCUCUCGACUCGUAGUAGUUAGUCCGUAGGGAGCCUUGCACGAGUUUUUGUAAAAUCCGAUGUACAGCUGAUCCGAGAAAAAAUAAUUCUCUUGCUCUACGACUUCUGUUGUGGACGGAAAGC